AUUUUUUUUUUUUUUUACUUGUUUUGUUUUCUCAAUAAAUAAAUAAAUAGGAAUAAGUGAGUUAUCUUUACCAUGGCAACACAUAGUAUUCCUCCUGAUCAAAAGUAUACACGUUCAGAAAAGUUAGGUGAAGGUACUUAUGCAACGGUUUACAAAGGUAAAAAUAAGGUGACGGGCGACAUUGUUGCAUUAAAGGAAAUACAUUUGGAUCCAGAAGAAGGUGCUCCAUCAACUGCCAUUCGAGAAAUCUCACUCAUGAAAGAAUUGAAACAUCCUAACAUUGUUCGCCUAUUCGAUGUUAUUCAUACAGAAAACAAGUUAACCCUUGUAUUUGAAUAUAUGGACCAAGAUUUAAAGAAAUAUAUGGAUGCAGCCUUACGUUCUAAUUUAGGUGCAUUAGAUGUCAAUACUAUCAAGUCAUUCCUCUAUCAACUAUUACGGGGUAUAGCCUACUGUCAUGAGAACCGUGUCUUACAUCGAGAUUUGAAACCACAAAAUUUAUUAAUUAAUAAACAUCAUCAACUCAAGAUUGGUGACUUUGGCUUAGCCAGAGCCUUUGGUAUCCCCGUCAAUACGUUUUCAAAUGAAGUCGUCACGUUAUGGUAUCGUGCACCUGACGUCCUUUUAGGUUCUCGUAUGUACUCCACAUCGAUUGAUAUCUGGUCUGUAGGAUGUAUUAUGGCAGAGAUGUAUACAGGUAGACCUUUAUUUUCAGGAACAACCAAUGAAGACCAGUUACAAAAGAUUUUCCGUCUUAUGGGGACGCCCACAGAACAAACUUGGCCUACUAUUACUCAGUUACCCGAAUAUAAACCUCCGCAAGUCAUUUACCCCCCACAACAUCUAUCUCAAUUUUUACCAAGCAUAGAUCCUGUUGGUCUAGACUUAUUAGGUCGUAUGCUUCAAUAUCAACCUCAAAUGAGAAUUACGGCUAAAGAUGCUUUAAAUCAUCCUUAUUUUAAUGAUAUCAGAUAUUCAUUUACAGGUUAAAAUUAUAACAAAUGAUCAAAAAACUUUAUUAAUAAUAAUAAUAAAAAAAAAGAAAAUAAAUAAAAAGAAUGAAUAAUAGGUGUUGUAUUAAAUAUAUAUAUAAA